GCUCAGCGGGUCAGUGUUGCUUGUGGUACCGUGCGAUCUACUCGGGCAUGGACCUAACUCCCUGAGACCAUAGAUGCCGGGACAGCGAGCAUGGCAAUCAGAGCAGUACGGCAGCAUCUCACAAGGGCCUGAUACCAUGAGUCAGUGAACUACCAAGCUCAGCGAUGUCAGACCCGGACAACUACGACGACGAGUUGGUCUCCAGCAACACAAACCAGCGGAACUGGCGCGGUAUCCUGAUCGCCCUGCUGGUGAUUCUGGCUGUGCUGGCUCUCAUCGUUACCUCGGUUGUGCUGCUCACGCCGCCGCCGGACGAGGGGCCGAGGGUCAAGGGUGUCCGACUGAAGUUACAGGACAUUCUCUCUCAUGACCUUACACCCCUGCGGCACAAUGGCUCUUGGAUAUCAGGCGAGGAGCUGAUGUUCAGUGAUGAUUCUGGGGGCAUCAGCAUAUUUAACGCUGUCAAUCUCACCACGAGGGUCCUCAUGACUAACCAAACAUUCAGGCGGUUAAAUCCUGUUAAAUUCAGCAUGUCUCCAGACCACAGGUUUCUUCUGCUCGUGCACAAUGCUCAAAAGCUGUUCCGGUAUUCAUUUCUCGCCCAAUACUCAAUCUAUGACAUCGCCGCCAUGGAUAUGUUUCCUCUGACCCCGACCCCUGACGAGGAUGGUCACCCCUACUUGCUGCACGCCGCCUGGACACCCAAGGGGCACGCCCUCGUCAUGGUCUACAACUACGACAUCUACUACCGGCCUAGCCCCCGUGGUCGGCAGGUCUACAGGGUGUCCAAGACCGCUGUCCCGGGUGUUAUCAGUAAUGGGGUACCUGACUGGCUCUAUGAGGAGGAGAUAUUGACACACAACACGGCGCUGUGGAUGUCCGACGACGGACACAUGAUGCUUUACGCUUGCUUCAACGACAGUCUCGUGCAAGAGUUGAGGUUUCCCUGGUACGGGAUCGCAGAAGAUGAGCAGCAGCUGUAUCCCGACAUGCGAGGCCUGCGCUAUCCCAAGCCGAACACCAAAAAUCCAGUGGUAACGCUGUUUGUGGCUGACCUAGCGGAUCCAAAAAAUAUCAGAACGAGAGACCUAAAAGCUCCGAUGGCACUGGGCCAAACAACAGACUACUACUUCUGCGCAGUGACGUGGGUGAGCUCGACAGAGGUGUCAGUCAUCUGGCUCAACAGGGCUCAAAACGUGUCAAUGGUCACACUCUGCAAGUCUCCUAUGUGGUUCUGUCAAGAGACUCAGAGGGUGAGUGGUGAGGGAAGAGGGUGGGUGGACCCUCCAGGCACUCCUCUGUUCAGCCCUGAUGGCAACGUAUACCUCACACUGACUCCGGUCAGGGAUGGCAAUGCAGGUUUCUACCGCCACAUCGUCUCUGUCAACAUUCCCAAGAAAAGGUUCCUGCCUCUCACACAUGGAACCUUUGACGUGAACAAGAUUGUAGCCUGGGACCACCUGAACCAACUUGUAUACUACCUGGGGGUGCCAGAGGGCCAGCCAGGCCAACUCCACCUGUACGUGGUGAGCUCGGCGGUGCCGCGGGUGGGAACUCCCCUCAUAACCCCACAGUGCCUCACCUGCGCGGCACCCCCACCCACUGUUCCACACCACUACGAAGGGGCCGCUACCUCCGCCUCUAACAUCCGCGAGUCCUAUGAUUGGGACGAGCAGACCGAGCCGGUCACCACUACAGAAGAACCGGAGAGAAAGAGAAGACGGAAGAAAGAGCCCAGUUAUCGUGUAGAGCCUCUCUACAGACCUUGUACAUAUCAUAGCAUAUACUUCAGCCCUGGUCUGCAAUACUUUGUGAACGAGUGUCUGGGCCCAGGCAUACCAACUGUCACUCUGUACGCAACGUAUGGCAAAAACACGUCAGCUCCAACUGUAGAUAAUAUCCAACCACAACUGUUGAUUACCCUGCAGAACAACUCCAAACUUUAUGACAAAGUAUCCAAGAUUGCCUUACCCCAAGUGAAAACCUUCCCAGUCCAGAUAUCAGGAGGCUACCAGGCUCAGGUCCGGUUGCACCUCCCUCCUGGGCUCCGAGAAGAGGAGAUAACUCGCUACCCUCUGGUCCUCCAAGUGUAUGGAGGACCUGGAUCACAACUGGUGACAGACCGCUGGAAGGUGGACUGGAACACGUACCUGGCAUCCAACCGAGACCUGAUCAUCGCUCAGAUCGAUGGACGUGGCUCUGCUGGCCAGGGCUACCUACUGCUGCACCAGGUUUAUCACCGGCUCGGCACGGUUGAAGUCGCUGAUCAACUCGAAGUCACUGAAUACCUCAGGGAUAAUCUCCACUUCAUCGACAAGCGUCGGGUGGCAGUGUGGGGUUGGAGCUACGGAGGCUUUGUGUCAGCUAAACUCCUGUCAACACCCAAUCAAGAUGUCUUCCAUUGUGGAAUCUCAGUGGCACCAGUUACCUCAUGGCGGUUGUAUGAUUCAGCAUACACAGAGAGAUACAUGGGCAUGCCGACACUAUCUGGCAACUAUAAGGGAUACCAGGACGCUGACCUUAGCAAACAGGUGGAAGGGUUCAAGGACAAGAUGUUCUACUUGGUCCACGGAACCGCUGAUGACAACGUACACCUGCAGCAGUCCAUGGAGCUAGCACGGGCACUCUCACAGGCGGGCAUAAUCUACAGGCAGCAGAUCUAUCCUGAUGAGAGUCACAGUCUCAGUGGGGUUAAGAAACACCUUUACAAGUCAAUGGCCAACUUUCUUGAUGACUGCUUCAGAAAGCAGGUACCCCCCGACCUGAAGGCUGGGCUACGCAACGGAGGUACUUUCAUGGAGCCAUAAUGUCCUUGUGGGCUGGAACAGUGCUGCACACUUGUCUUGUGAUAUUAAACAAAUUAAGUUUCAAUGUCGGAAGGAAUUUAGUAAUCCUUCUAACUGUAUAAUAAGUCUCAGCAUCGGUUUCGUUAAACUCUUUCUACAUGCACAUUUAUAUUUUUUAUGUUCGGUAUAAGACUGUUGUAUUGCAUAAAAUGCUAUUUCUAAUGCCGCAUGAAAUGUUAUCAUAAAUAGCUGUGAUCUAGUAUAUCCUGAGGUUAGUUUGAUAUCUGGAUUCAAAACUGUAAUGGAGCAUCAUGCAAAUUGGUUUUCCAGAAAUAUUAUGUAGUGUUUCAUACUUUUAAAUUUGGUGUUAUUAAAAAAAACAUAAAUCAAAUACUAAACAACCCUCUCCUGACACAGAUACCUCAUAACACUGGUGCAAGUGACAUACCACACAUUGGCUACGUGGAGGCCAAGUGUUGAGAGAUUUUAGGUGGCAAGGUCUGAUUCUAUAUAAGUUAGUGGUGAAUAAACAAAAUUUGCGUAUUUCUUUUAAGUAUUUGACAUCUAACGCCAUAUAUUGUACAAGUACAUACUUACAUAUAUAUCCACAUGUCACUUUCAGUCCACAAGGUCACUACAACAGAAAUCUGGUGUGUCUAGGUCAACAAGGGAGGUAAAUCGAACCUGAGACAGGGUGACAAUCAAUAGUCAGUUGCGUCAAUCAGAGCAACACCUAAGUGAUUGGACGUUAAACUGAAUGUCAGUGAGCUAUGAAUUAAUGCUUCUUUGUAAGGAUCCUACCUUAGAUAAGUAACAAGAUUACAUAUUCAUUCUACAAAUCACUAGUCUCAUAUUUGACCAUGACUUACAUCAAUACAUUAAUAUCUUCAAGGAAUCAAUAAAUCAUUUGCUUUCAGCUAUUUUUACACACAUUUAUGUUAAUGUGACAAAUUCAAAUGUUCAAAAUUUCUGUAUACUCAACAAGUUAUUAAAUUUGGAUAGAUUAAAUGUAUUUUUCUACACUAUUGUUGUACCUUACUGACACAGACACACUAACAAAGAUAUAUCCAUUAUCCAUCUAUUAUAUAAAAUUCACUUUAAGAAAUAUUGCAUUCUUGGUAAACCACAGAAAACUUCCUAAAUUCAUACAACAUUUAACAUUUUAAACUUGAUCAAAAAUGAUGAACAUAUGUAUGAUGUAUCAAAUUUUACAUAGAUUUUAGCCAAAUUUUCCUAAAACUGAAGAAAUUUACAGAUUAUUUUAUCAGAGAUUAGAUAUAUGGUUAAAACAGGAGAGGGUUCAUACUAAUUGGAUUGUUAUUAUUCAUGGAAUUGAAGCUAAGCUGAUGGUAUGAGUCCACAGACAGAGUGGCAAAAACAGUAGUUAAAUGGCUUUUUUUACUGAAUAAUAUUUUAUAUGCCUGGUUAAACACGCUUUCAAGUUCGUACUUACAAAUUUGGUUGGAAGAAUGGCUUAGACAAAUGUUACCACCUGAUAUUAUACAGUGUAUGUUUUGUACAUUUGUUUAUCACAUAGUGUUAAAACUGUUUCUCGUAUUUCAUCAAAGUUAAAUUUAUUUUUGUAGUUGAGUUUUUAUGAAACACAUGUGUAUAUAAAGUGUACCCGUUACAUGCUGUGCUGGUUACGGUAUGGUUAUGGAGACAUUGUUCUGAAUGGCAUACUAGUAUAAGUUUUCACUUUCUGAUUGGAGUUUACAAUUUAAUUCUUAUAAUGAUAAAUUUUAAAAUGUAAUUACCUCACUGUUUUAUAACAUACUGAGGUUUUGGCUAAACUUCAUAUACUGAAAAGAGUAAACAAACUCAAGUACGGUACUAUAUUGUAAUUAUACAGUCCUUAUUUCAAAGUAAUUUCAUUACAACAGUCUAAUUGAUUUUAGAGUUUCUGUAAGCUGUAGUGUUUAUGCAAUUUAUUGAAGUACUAACUCUAUAAUGACUAUUUCGAAUUAAUGUUUGAAAAUAUUAACGAACAAACUAAGCAUUAGUUUUAACGAUUAUACAGAAUACUGCCGUACAUUAAAAUAAAUUGCGAGUACACAGGCUGCAGAACCAUUAAGUAUAUAAAUAACAGGGAAGUAGUCUAUUUCAUUCUCACCUUAAACUAUAACAAUUAUAAAAUAAAUUUUGAGAAUCAUAUUAGAAAGUAUUUCAAAAGUUUGGUCAAAUAGUAUUCAUACAUAACAACACAAAGACAAUAUUUUAAAAUUGAAAUCGAUUAAUAAAGACGUUACCAUUGUUUAAGUGAUGAAUAUAAGGUGUGCAGAUUCAGAAAGAGUGGCAGAAACACUAAAAUAAUGGGUCCAAGUUUGAUCACUGUAUAUUCACGUGGACUCCUGGUGCAUUACUAGUCUCUCUAUGCUUCCAAUGCUUACUUUUUAGAGUUAUCAUUUACAAUCUGUAGAUUUAGACUAGAAAUAUUAUUUUCAAUUGUUAAAAAGUGUGAUAGACAUAGAUUGUAUAGUAGAAUAUUGAAAAUUAUGUAAUUUUAAGAGUGAAUUGUAAUUUUUGACCUAUACAUCAGACACCAUUUUGAACAAAUUUCUUUAUUUUAACUUCUACUUUCAAUACUGGUAGUUUGAGAACUAGUUCAUUUGCUGUUUUUUGUAAAUGUUUUUUGAGACAAGAAAAUUUUCAAACAAUUUUUAUCUAUUCAAACAAUACUGAUAAACAAUUUUUAUGUAUAACAGAGACACUAGUAUUUUGUAAACUUCUUUUUUUAUACUGAUAAACGACUUUCAUAUAAAAUGUGUUAUAUAAAAGUGAAAUACACACACAAUUGUCUUGUUUUUACAAUUAUCAGAGACAUUUUGGAAUCCAACUUCAACAAAACUUGCAAGUACAGUCCCCUAAAUUACCACUUGACACAAAACUGUCUGCAGUGUUUGUAAGAGAGCUCGAAAACUUCAAUGACUUUCUCCGAUAAUCUUAUCUGUUUUCAUCAAUGUUAACAUUAACAAUAGAUAUUUCCAAUGACUGUGUUCUUCAUGUGGAUACUAGCUUGUCCAUUUCAACAACAUUGCAACAGCACUUUUACUGAUAAAUUUUUCACCAUCAAUUGGAUAAAGUUAACAAAGAAUUUCUCUAAGCCUUAUGGUUAUUGAAAUGUAACUUAUAUGGUAUAUACAUUACAGUAACUGGGACUUCUUAGUGAUAUUGUGCAUUUUGUACCUGUAUUGCGGAACAAAAUGGCCGAACAAUCUUUCCAUUGAUGUAACCAGACAUACACUAUCCUGAGCUUUAUUGUGAGCUACUUAAAUAUAAUCUUCUAAUUCAACCGCUAGAUUGAAACAUAGUUUAGUAUAGUUUAGUAUCUGUUCAGCUCUCAUAAAAGUAUGAUAUCAUUACAAUAAGCUAUGUUUGCCCAAUAUUAUUUUAAAAUUUUAUAAGAAACUAAAUUCAUUGAUGUUUAAAACUUAAUGUUAUACAGAAGACAUUUGUAGAGAUUUUUACUGAUGGUUAUGAAUACUUUGCACAAAAAACAUGUACUUUAAAAUAGUACUCAUAAAGUUCAGUGACCUUCCAUGAAUUGGGAUUAUACAAUAAUGUUAGCAACCACAAAAUACAGCCAUCAACUAACAACAAAAAACAUUAACAAAGACAAACAGUUACUCUGCAUUCAGAUGAUACUAGUUCUUAAACAAUUAAUAAAGAGUGGUCCAUUUUACUUGUAAACUUAUACAUAUUGUACAUACAUUUUAAGUUGCGAUUUGUAGUUUACUUUAUAUUAUGGAGAUAAGAUUACUGAAUAGCAUUGCACUUUACUUAAGAAAGCACUGAUAAAUUUCCAAAUUUACUAUUAAUCCACUGAUUUGCUACCUCCGCAAGAAUUGUCAUGUUAAUGAUUUGAUUUCAUAUAGAAAACACAUUAAUUAAAACAGUUCUGUCAGAUAUUAAUCCAAAAUGUUUAUAACAAUAUAUGAAUUUUAUUGUUGUAUACAUAACAGUUUAAAGUAAAAUAGGCUGAUUAAUGGCUCAAAAUGACAAAGCUAUAACAUCAAUAAAAGAUAUGGCUCAACACCUGACUUGCUCAGAGCUUUAUUGAUAUGCAUCGUCAAUCUUGGACAGAAGUAAUUAUUAGAUCUACGAAUAGCAUAGACUUCCUUAUUCCUUCCUUUAGUACAGUUCUGUUGACGGACCACUCUCUCUUCCUUUAGGCUCUGCAUUUGUUUAAGACAUAGAUCCAUUGUCCUCAUUCAAAAAUUUGUAUAAAUUUACAUCUCAAGAUACUGAGGACAACUGGUAACUAUAGGGUUAUAAAAUCAUAAUAUUCCAAUUUCUGCUGUAAAAAAAUAUUAGCUUUUACACAAUUAAUUUACUUUUGUUACUGAAAUAUUUGCAGGACUAUUUAUCAACAUAUAUCUCAAUUAAUUUGUGUAUUAUUAAAAAUAAUAAUAAAGAUUAUUGUAGUUGCAUUUUAUUUUAAUCUGCUUAUUAAUAUAGAGAUUGGAACAAAGGCAAAGUUAGCUUGUAUCCAAAAAAAAGGAUGGGCGAGAAGAAAAAAAUAGAGAAACAGGAAGUUAAAGAUGUGUGUAAUUACAAUUGAACUAUGGUUUGAAUAGAUCAACUAUCAGAAUGUUCAACAGCCCAAAUUAAAAAUCGAACAUUAAUAACAAUUUGAUUUUUACUGUUAUUAUAUAAUUUUUAAGUUUUAAUAGAUUGAUUUCUUUAAUACAAAUGCAGAACCUAAGGUGAACAGAGCCAUAAUAUUGUGUAUGUAUAUUUAUUGUCUUAGCAUUUAAAAAUAUUAAAUAAUAUCUCAAGUUUAACUUACAUUAGGAAUAUAUUAGAUAGAACUUAGGGAAUUUUUCUCAAGUCGCAGUCUUAAUCUUAACCUCCCUUAGGACAAAAACAAUAUCCUUCACAUUUUAAGAUUUAUCGAUAGUUGAACGCAAAGACUUGCCCAGCUAUGCAAGUCUGACUUUGGGGUUCAUAUUUCACUCUACCGCAGUCAGUAUUGACAUGUUCAUAUAGGAGGAAUGGUUAAUGGUGUUCCUCACUAAAUAUCAUGACAAUAUAGCAAGUAUUAACUUUGUUUUGUAUUUUAUCUUUAAGAAUAAAAUCAUUCUACUUACAAUGUUUCAAAUUAAACAACUAAAUAAACCAAAUGCAAAAACAUACAAACUUUAUGAAAACUUUUAAAAUUAUUUUUUUUAAAGGAAAAGAAUGAAUAAUAAGGUAAAAGAAGCUCUAUUAUUGAUAUUUGUAAAAUUACACAUAACAAUGUUGAUAUUUGAGUAUAUAUUUUAUCUUAAGGAAAAUCAGAUGUGGUAAGUUAACAAAAAUUAAACUCUACAAUUUUGUAAAAUAAUAGUAUUUUAAAACAUAUAAUAUUGCUAAUACAACAAUUUUAUAAUGUUGUAAACACAAGUUUAAAUAAAAUGUAAAUGCGUAUUUUUAUUUUCAAAAGUUUAAUUAAGAUAACAAUUUAAUUAUACUUUAAAUUUUAGUACAUACACUAAGUCUUUCAAUAUUAAUUAGAUACUUAAAUAAUACUUUAAAGUAGAAACUGUAGAAUACCUCAAAGCAUUAGAAUAUAUAACUUGGUUCUGAUCAUACAUACCAUUCUUAUUUUUCAAUCUAAAGUAGUUGAUGACAAUACCUGAAUAUAUUUGUGUAAUAUUAUUUGUAUAUUAGUUACCAGUAUUAACUUACUGCCUAACGAGUAACUUAAUUUGGGUUAACCGAUUAAGAAAAUGUUGUACCAGAACUGCCCAGUUACAAGUUUCAUCUGACAUCAUGAAGUAAUAAUUUAUUAUUUUCAAGUAAUACAUUUUGAGUAAACGGAAUUCAAACAACUGUUAAUAGUUUUAACCUUCUUAAUUCAGAAAUAUAAAAAAAUUAUAGAACUCAAAGAAAUUCUUAAAAAAUUAGAAAAAUACAUCAGCUGAAAUUUAAUGAUUUUUACCUCAAUUUAGUCUUGCAAUUCACUCCCAUUAACUUGAAAAAACUGAUGGAAUUUAAACAAAGUACUUGUUCCACCAAACAAUCACUAAUGUACUUAUACAUCAUUCUGCAGAAAUUUGAAAUAACAGUACAUGCUAUUAUCAACACGUAACAUCCUGAUCAGGAGGAUUAGGAUUAAUGUGGAUUAACUUGCAUAGUUAAACACAUAAUCUUACAAUGUAUAUAACUCAUGCUAACAGCUUAUUUACUAUACUACAUGAGUUAUCACAUUGUUAAGCUUUACAAUCUUAUUAUGGUGACAUGUUUCAAAAGCUCAAAUUUUAUCAUCAGACCAAAAUUAGCCAUGGAGAAGAAACAGCCUUGUCAAAGAACUAAAACUGUUAAAUGCAGUUUUAAACUCAAUGUUGAACACACAACAAACACCAGUGUGAGUUUACUUGAAUGUGUGUUAAGCAAUUUCAAUUUUCAUGGCAGAUGUCUGAUGACGAUGUACUAAGUCUUCAAAACAUUUCACCAUCAGAUUGUAAUAACUGUUAGAUGAUUUGAUAGGGGCAAGUACCUAAUUCAAGUGUAAAAAUAAAUCCUGAGGUUACUUAACAUGAGUUAUAAACUGAUGUGAGUGUAGUACACCUUGCAAUCUUCUCAGGGUUUGGGUCUUGUGGCAAGCUACUGCAGGUAAACUUUCUGAACAUUGAAUUUUAACAAUAUGGUUGAACCUAGAGUUUAUUGGAAUCAAUCAUCUUGUGUCAUAUGAUGUCCACUCUAUCCUUUUGAUAAUAAUGUGUGGAGAAGGAUGGAAUUUCACACAGUAUACAAGAUUUUACAUUAUUUAGAAUUUAGCAAAACCAUAAGUCCACUGCUGUUUUUACUCAACGAUCUCAUAAUUUGUCACAAACAGGGAGAUUAGUCAAUGUUUGUUAAUAAUUUUUUUGUAUUUUUAAUCCCUAGCCUAGAACUGUUCAUCACAUUACUUCAGACUAGGCUGAGAUACGUUAAGGAGUCAUUGGAUUAUUGCACACAAAAAUGCAGUACCCAAACCAGGAUUUGAGCACAGAUCCAUGGAGUAAUAAACUCGAGAUGCUAGCCGUUCAGCCACCAAGAGUAGCUAAUGUUAGUUAAUAGCAACAAAAACACUAAAUUCAAGUGAAUUGUAUUAGAAUUUGAUCUGCUGACUCUAGAAGAGGUGAGAGAGUAUUGGUUCCAAAUUUAUCCCCCAGUAAACAAAGAGUAAUACAGAGUUGUGAAGUGAUCCUAGAAAAGAGAGGUCAAAGUGAUACCAGGGAGAGAGGGGUUGAUAGAUUGAGGAACAGCAAAGUAAGUAGUAUAUUUGCAGUAAAUAGCCACAGGUUUUUAUUUAAUUACUUUAAAUUGGGGUACUACCUUUGUUAAACUAACCAAUAUUGUUAAUUACGUCUUACAAAGGUUUCCAAAGUUUUUUUUUAAAUUUUUUUAUUGUUAUUUUUUUAGUGAGGUGAUGGAAUGGCCUCACCAAUAAAGUUAAGAAAAAACACAUAAAAAAGUAAACAGAACUAACAGGAAACAUAAUUAUGCAAAAAAGAACAUGUAGGCUCUUGGCAACAGGAGGUGGAUGGCGAUCAAUCAGGUGUUUCCGUGGCCUACAUGUAAAACAGUUGUCUAGUUCUGAUUAUGAGGAAAAAUUAGCAGAGUUCCAAACUACAUAACAGAUAUGCAACCACUCUAUAGAUAUUCUUGACCCAUUACUGUCUGUAUUUAUCAGCAAUUACAAGUGAUUAUUUACAAUAUUUACCUAAGUAUUCUGUUAUAAAUAUGUUUUAACUUAUCUUACUGAGUUUUAAGUUUAUAUACUUUUAAGAUGAACAAUCAAAUAAGGCAAUUGGAGAAGUGGCAAAACUAAACCUGAAAAUCAUAAAAAUGUUUAAUCCCAUAUAUUUACUAAUUACCACAAAAAUAUCUAAAUACAUAGAAAACCCUUCAGUGACCAGAAACGUAAUAUAUGAGAAACUUGUGUUUUAAAUUAUACAUUUAUAUUGAUCAUAUUUCAUUU